AUUUAGUGACAAGAUAUGAUUUCUGUCGACGAAUAAAACACAACAUUUAUUUUUUAAGAAAAUUACCUUUAGCCUAAUUCCACAGCCCGCUCAUGGAAGAAUCAGAACACCCCACCACCGCAACAAAAUCACCACCAACGUCUCCGCCGCCACUGCAACGCCGUCAACUAUGCACCCGUUGUGACCGGCCACUUCCAGUCUGCCUCUGCCAUACCCUCCCCCCAACCCCACUCCCAACCAAAACCAAAAUCUUGAUCAUCCGCCACCCUCACGAGUCCCGACACAAGCUCAACACAACCCCACUCCUCUCCAAAACCCUCCUCCACGCCACCGCCAUCUCUUCCCGCCGCCUCCUCCGUCACCACCUCCCUGACCAAUCCCCACCUGCCAUCUACCUUCCUCCUUCCCCUUCCACACCCGCCGUCAGUCUAUCCCACCUCAAAUCCACCAACCUCCUCAAUUACCAAACUACUACCCUCCUCUUAAUUGUUUUUGAUGCCACUUGGAAGCAUGCCAAGGAGAUGGUGAGGGCCAGUGAAGGGGUUUUGAAGGGUUUUGCUCUAAGGGUUUGUUUGGAUGGAGUUGAUGAGAGUGCGAUAGGUGGGAGUAUUUAUGAUAAUGAAUUGGUUUUAAGGAAGGAGCCCUUUGGUGGGUGUGUUAGUACUCUGGAAGCUGUGGCCAGGUGCUUGGGGGUCAUUGAGCCUAAUGGAGAUGAGGUUCAAGGGGUUUUGAUUGGGGUCUUGAGGGAGAUGGUGAGAUUGCAAGCUGGAUUUUUGAAACCUCUUAAGCCUAGGCCCAAGAUGUUGAAGAAGAACAAGCACAAAGAAGAGGAUAACAAUGAGCUUCGUUAGUGGAUUUGUUCUUCUAUUUUAAGUUCUAAUUCUAAUUGAUUGUUUGGUUUUUGAGCAUGCUACUUACUUUCCAAUUCCAGAAGUGAAAGGUAAAAAUACAUAAUUUCACUUUUUGCGGUUGAAUUUGGUUAUUAUAUAUAUUUGUUCAUUUUAAAUUUCAAUUCAAAAUAUAAUUUUGUUGUUUAAUUUUUGCUUUUGGGGAUAAAAUAAUAUCAAUUCAAUCAAAAGAUCAUCAAUUUCAUUAGGAUAUUGCUUGGGUAAUCUAAUGUAGCUUGCUUUGAGUGGUUGGUUCAUUUUGGAUGAUCUUGAAUGAAGAGACUUGAACGGUGAUAAAUCUGUCUUAUAUGAGGCAGUUGAUUAUUCAUUUGAAUUAGAUAUGGUCAUUCGUGUAGUGUAAAACACUGAAAAUUCAUGUAUUCAUAUAGUGUUUUA